AUGCGUCUCGAAAAUCACACUCAUAUUCGCCAUAUUAUGCUCUACCACUACGAGAAAGGAUGGAGCGCAGCCCAGUCAUUUCGCGAUCUCAACGAACUUUUUGGCAAAGGAACAAUUACUGAUAGUGCAGUAUGGAAGUGGUUUAUUCGCUUUAAAUCAGGUGACACUAGUUUGGAAGAUAAAGAAGGAAGAGGUCGGCCAUCGGAUUUUGAUGAUCAAGCACUUCUGACAGUUGUUGUUUCUGUUAUUGGUUUAACGACGCAGAUGAAAGGCAACAAUGGAGAAUCCCUGACAAAAAUGGCAAGCGGCAAUUCAACAUCAACAGCGACGUCUAUCUGGCUCAGCUUGAUCGCCUUAACGCUGCAAUCGAGGCGAAAAGACCGCGCAAAAAAAAACCACAUCGUGUUCCAUCACGAUAACGCCUGUCCACAUGCUGAGCGCCGUGUAAUCGAAUCCAUCGCCAAUAAGGGAUGGGAUCUGCUCCCACAUCCGCCGUACUCACCGAUAGAAGUACCAACGGACUAUCAUGUCAAUCGCUCUUUGGAAAACUGGCAAACAAACAAAGUCUACGACGAAUUGAAUGGCUUGGUGGCUGAUGUCAAAGCGUGGAUUGCCUCCAAGAAUCGUGACUUCUUCGCACGUGGAAUCGACCGACUGCCAAGCAAAUGGGAAGCAGUUCUUGAAGUGGAUGGUGACUAUGCUCUCGAAUGA